AUGGAUGAAUGUGUCCAGGAAGCCCCUGAAACCCUGGCUGAGUUCGAGACUCCUGAUUCUCCACUAUCCAGCUAUGACAACAUAUCCUUGGAUGAUGCAUUUGAUUUUGAUAAGCAUCCGCCUGAGGUGCCUCCACAAAUUGAUACGGUGUUGCUAAAUGGACCACCGUCUGAUGUUGCCCAACCUCUUACACUGCCAAGGCCUCAUCACACAAUGUUGGAGCAUUUUUACAAGCAAGACUCUAGUGAUGGGGAGCCUGAGGCAAUUGGGACAACAUCUCGCUUUCACCGAAAGUUUGUGACUGUAGUGCUAUACAGGCCCUCUAGGGGGUGA